GGCUGAUGAGUGCUAGUGCCUGAUAAUGCUCAGCUGACACUUACUUUCAGUGUUAGCAGGAACGUAGUGAGUGAAAGACGUGAUACUAGGGAUUUAAUUCUUCAACCAAUAAUCAUAUUCUAAAAUGGUAACAACGUCGAACUGCUGUUUCUGCUUCUCAGUACGGACAGGGACUCUGAUCAUAGGAUGGUUUCAUACGGUGUUUGGAAUUUUAAACGUAGCUGCCAACAUUACAACGAGGUCUACAGGACAACAAAGUGAACUAGAUUCAACCGCCGAUGGUUCCUGGUCCAGCAUUAUCUAUGCGUGCUUGCAAGUAUUGGUGGCCGUAGGACUACUUUAUGGCGUGUAUACGCACCACAGAAAAACUGUAUACUUUUACGUCUUUCUACAAGCGGCGUUGAUUGCCAUUAAUAUUAUCAUGGUGAUUGUUCUGCUCAUCUACGCAGCCUUUAGUAACGUUGCUAUGGUGAUCAGCUUUAGUAUUAUCAUGUGGCUUAUACAAAUAUAUCUCGUUGUCGUAGUCUACAGCUUCUACAAGGAAAUGGAAGAUCAUAUGUGAAACUCAACUGUGACCUUAUCGUUGUUGUAUACUAUGAACAAUUUUCCGGAGAUCUUUGGUUGAAUAUUAAUCAUCAAACUUAUACAAUUACUGCUUACAAUAUAAAAUCCACAACUUAUUGAAACCUAAUGAAUCAAACGUUUUCCUUUCCACACUGAAACAGAGUGUCAAUAAAGUUUUAGUUGGAUUAUAAUUGUCCACCUCUGUAAAAGGUCUGUCUCUCCUGGAAUAAUGUUUUUGUAUAUUUUUAUAAGCCGAUUUUAAAUGAACACGACAUUUAAGCCACCUCAAUAGUAAUUUUAUUGGUUAAAAUCGUUAUCAGUAUUUAAAAUCACACAUCAGUACACCCUCAGUGUCUAAUACACACCUUUAAGAAACAAUUCUAGUAUAUAUGUUUAUAUUCUUUUAUGUUCGGAUGAAAUAUUUUCUGAAAAUAACAAUAAUAACAUUUAUAACUGUAGUAAUCAACUUAUAGUUGUAUACACAAUCGAUUUGUUUAGUCUUUUAUCAUAGCAGCUUGUUUUGUAUAUAAUAAAAGUUGUGUUUUAUUUAUGAUUAAAACACGUCUUGUAUUCAAAA